AUGCCGGGACGAACUCGUCCAGUCGAGAAACUUGCCAAAGCUUCAGCCCAAUGCUCCGUAGAGGUUGCGGCAUACGGCAAGUGUGUUGUUGCGGAUUACAACUCGGUACAUAAAGAUAUGUGUGCCAAAGAAUUCAUGCGACUGAAGAAUUGCUACCUGGUAGGCGGCAUCCAAAAAGGGCUAAAUGUUCCUUGUGAUUAUAACGUCAGAAGCACCAGGAUUACUCAAAGACUUGGAGCUAUUUGGAUGUGGCGGCGCAAGCAGGAGCAUUUGUAA